CCUUCUUUUCUCUUCGUCUUGUUUCGCUGUCAUCUCUCUCGCUCAAUCAAAUUCAAUUCCAAUACCGUUAAACGAAAAACUAAUCGAAAGCUAGAGCCAUGGCUUCGCGCGACAAGAAACCCUCAAAACCCUCCACCAGCCGGCCCGGCGGCAUCCGGACUCUCUCCGACCUCAAUCGCCCGUCGGCUCACGACUCCGACAGUGACUCCGAUGGCCCCCAGGAAUACUACACCGGCGGGGAGAAAAGUGGUAUGCUUGUCCAAGAUCCGUCCAAGGGUGGUAAUGAUGUUGAUGCAAUUUUUGACCAAGCUCGACAGCUGGGGGCUACACAAGGCCCCUUGGAGAAUCUUCAGCCAUCUUCGAGCUCUAGAAGCUUCACAGGGACAGGAAGGCUGCUUUCUGGUGAAACUGUACCAACUGCUCCACAGCAGCCCGAGUCGGUGGUGCACAACAUUGUCUUCUGGAGAAAUGGUUUCACCAUUAACGAUGGCCCUUUGAGGAGAUUGGAUGAUCCUGAAAAUGCUUCUUUUCUUGAGAGCAUCAGAAAAUCCGAGUGCCCGAAAGAGCUGGAGCCGGCCGACAGGAGAUCCUCUGUUCAUGUCAAUCUCAUAAGGAGGGAUGAAAACCGCCCUGAACCAGAAGUGCGCAGCGUUCCGUUUCAGGGAAUUGGCAGGACUCUAGGAAGCAGCUCUGCAACCGUCUCUGCUCCUGAGACAACAACCGCUGCUGCUCCCCUCCUUAGUGCCCCGACCCCUUCAGAAGGCCUCGUAGUAGAUAAAUCACUGCCAUCAACUUCGAUUCAACUCAGGCUUGCUGAUGGAACCCGAAUGGUUGCACACUUCAAUCACCACCACACGAUAGCUGAUAUUCGCUCUUUCAUUGAUGCAUCUCGGCCUGGGGGUACACGAUCGUAUCAGCUGCAGACAGUCGGAUUUCCUCCCAAGGUUCUCACUGACCUCACCCAGACAAUUGAACAAGCCGGGUUGUUGAACUCGGUCGUUGUUCAGAAACUCUGAGCGCCCCGUAGGUAUCGUCGAGCUUAUAAAAUUGUUUCUAUAAAAGAAGAAAGUCUAAAGUUUGAAGUAAGGUUGGCUUAUGAAGCAAUUGAAGGAUUUUCUGUAAUCUAUUUGAUCACUGCAUUUGUCUUUCAAGGUUUUUUUGUGGAAUCAUUAUAUAUACGUCAUUCCCAUUAUUAUGAA